GGAUCAGACUCACAGCUGUACUGACAGAGAGCAGGAUCUACAGAGAGAUGCGGAACCUCUGCCUCCUACUCCCCUGCUCUGCGCGCUCCUGGCUCCGCGCACUCUUUGCCUCAGCGGCUACGCGCCUUGCACGAGCAGAGCAGCCGGAUGGAGGAGGAGCUGGCUUGGGAGACCCAUGGUCUGCUUCCCCUGGAGAGACAGCUCCAUGAGGCCUCUCGCUGGAACCAGGUGGGGAGGAUGAAGGAGCUGUUUGAGAAGAGGGUUAACAUCAGGGCUAGAAACCAUGUGGGCAGAGUGGCCCUGCACUGGGCUGCAGGUGCUGGACACGAGCAGGCUGUGCGGCUGCUCUUGGAGCAUGGAGCUGCUGUGGACGACGUGGACUCGUUUGGGAUGAAUGCACUUCUCCUGUCUGCCUGGUUCGGCCACUUGCAGAUCGUGCAGCUUCUCGUCAACGCUGGGGCCAAGGUCCACUGUGAGAGCAAGGAUGGCCUGACCUUGCUGCACUGUGCCGCUCAGAAAGGCCACAUGCCUGUGCUGGCCUUCGUCAUGGAAGACCUGGAGGAUGUGGCCUUGGACCAUGCAGACAAGCUGGGAAGAACAGCGUUUCACAGAGCUGCCGAGCAUGGACAGUUGGAUGCUCUGGACUUCCUCGUGGGCUCUGGCUGUGACCACAGUGUCAAAGACAAGGAGGGGAACACGGCCCUGCACCUGGCUGCCAGCCAGGGCCAUGUGGCUGUGCUACAGAGACUUGUGGACAUUGGACUAGACCUGGAAGAGCGGAACACAGAGGGUCUGACGGCUUUGCACGCAGCUGCCAAAGGGACCCACACGGACUGUGUGAGGCUUCUUCUCAGUGCCGGGAGCAACGUCAAUGCCCUCACCCAGAAAAAGCUGAGCUGCCUCCACUAUGCAGCCCUUGGUGGCUCUGAGGAUGUGUCCCAGGCACUCAUCGAGGCAGGCGGGUGCACAGACUUGGCUGACAAGCAGGGCACUGCUCCUAUACACCUUGCUGUGAGGCACAACUUCCCUGGCCUGGUCCAGCUCCUCAUAGAUGCCCACAGUGAUCUGGAUGUCACCGACAUUAGGCAGCAGACUCCCCUCCACCUGGCUGCCGAGCAUGCCUGGCAGGAUGUAGCAGAGAUGCUUCUCGUAGCUGGAGUCGACUUAAGUCUGAGAGAUAAGCAAGGAAAAACAGCUCUGGCAGUGGCUGCCCGCAGCAACCAUGUCAGCCUGGUGGAUAUGAUCAUAAAAGCUGAUCGUUUCUACAGAUGGGAGAAGGACCACCUUUCAUGUAGGGACAGCGGCCCUGCUAGGAAGAACCUGACCUUUAAGCAAGACCAUCGGCAGGAAACGCAGCUGCUCCGCUCGGUACUUUGGCAACUGGCCUCCCGGUAUCUGAGGCCGAAUGAGUGGAAGAAACUGGCAUAUUCCUGGGAGUUCACGGAGGCUCACGUCUGUGCCAUUGAGCAGCAGUGGACAGGAACCAGGAGCUACCAGGAGCAUGGUCACCGGAUGCUGCUCACCUGGUUGCAUGGUGUGGUCACAGCUGGGAAGAACCCCAGCAAAGCGCUGUUUGAGGGCCUCGUGGCCAUCGGCAGGACCGACUUGGCAGAAAGAACCAGGAAGAUGGCGGAUGGAGAGCCCAGGGCCCCCAGGAGGUGUACAGCCAUGUGAGCUUGUGGGAACACCGUGCAGUCAUGCAGAAGAGGCUCUCCAUGAGGAUUUCAGAGCAGUCCCUGCGCACAGACCUCCAGCUACAUCUACCGACUUCCAGCUGCAUCUACUGAACUGUGGACCCCACAGGAAGGACAGGGAUGGGUGUAUUCUAGGUUUCCUGGGUCACCCCAUCCCAGGAGAGUGGCCCUCUGCAGCUCUCAGCUCACUUUGCUGUGUUCCUGAGGGUGCACGUGUUUGUACAUGCAGCACAUGUGUGUGGAGGCCGGAGGGUACUUGGUAUUCCUCCUCAGGCACUGUCCAUCUCGUGGUUUUUAUUUUCAGGCCUGAGACUAUAUCCCUGGCAGUCCUGAAACAACCUUGUGUCCCUUGACCCUCCUGUCUUGCCUCCCCAGACCUCGGCUUACAAGCAUGUGCUACCGUGUCUGCCCUGGUUUUUGUGUGGGUUCUGAGGGUCAAACUCAGGUCCUUAUGUUGCAUGGCAAGUGUGCAGACUGAGCUGUCUCCCCAGGCCUCUCAGCUCUUUCUCUUCCAUUAUCUUAGAACAUCAGGAAGCACCCCCUUGAGGUGUAAGGGGUGUCUUUACAGCUAGGGCCCCGAGGUCCAGGGAGGGGAAGCAACUUGUCCAGGUCAUACCACAGAUCACCUGGUAUCAAACCAGCAUCCUUCCGAUCCCAGCUGUCAGGGAGGGCUUCAUUCAUCACCUUCAAACGGGAUUGUCCUUCAGCCAUUAAAGACAACUCAUUAAUCUCUAAUGCCAAACAGGCAGACGCUGCCAUGCCGACCCCACAGCUGUUUGUAUGGAUAAACCCAUUUGUACGUCCAGGAGGUCACUCUGCUUCUCUACCCUCUAAUUGGAUAUGUUUAAAUGUUUUUGAUCUUUAAAUCAUUUCAGACUUACCAAAGUUGCAAAAUGGCACUGAGAAUGUUAAGUGUUCUGCACAAAGCUCCUGUAAACAUUAAUUCUUACACAACUACGGUGUGACUGUAAAAUCUGGAAGUGAGAGGGUGGAGAGCUGGGUCAGUGGUUGAGAGUCCUGUAUUUGGCUCCCAGCACCCACAUGGCAGCUCAUAACUAUCUAUAGCUGACUCUAGGUGAUCUGACGCCCUCUUCUGGCCUCCAAUAUUACUGCCUCUGUGUGUUUGUGUAUGUGUGUGUGUGGGGUGCAUGCAUGCAUUGCCCUGUGUGUAUGUGUGUUCAGGCAAACAUUCACACACAUGAAAUCUUUUUUUAAAAAUUCGGAAACUAACCAUUAAUCUCAGACCACAUUCAAAUUUUGUCAAUGUUUUGUCACCUCCUAGGUUAAUAUCUGGUCCAGGACCACAGAUUAUAUUUAGACAUUUUAGUUGUCAUUCUGUUGUGUUUCUUUAGUGCAUGAGACUGAAUAUAGGGUCUGACAUAUGUUGAAUGUAUGCUAUACUACUGAGCUAA